GCAGGCGCUGAGGGGAGGCCGCGUGGGGCGAAGGCGGCGCUUGGCCGGUGGGUCCCGCUGCGGGAUUUUCCCGGGCGGCGAGAGCGAUUUGUCUGGGGGCGGGGGUGGGCGUCAAGCCCCUAAUUCUCUCCUUCGCCUCCUCCUUUCUCUUCAGUAGGGGACGCCCACUCCCCCGGAUGGGGAGUCUCACUGCAUUGCCCAGGCUACAGUGCAGUGGCAUGAUCUCGGCUCACUGCAACCUCCACCUCCUGGUUCAAGCGUUUCUCCUGCCUCAACCUCCUGAGUAGCUGGGAUUACAGGCACCUGCCACCACACUUGGCUAAUUUUUGUAUUUUUAGUAGAGAAGGAGUUUCACCAUGUUGGCCAGGCUGGUCUCGAACUCCUAACCUCGAGGAAUCCACCUGCCUUGGCCUCCCAAAGUGCUGGGAUUACAGGCAUGAGCCACCGUACCUGGCUGAUGUCAGUAUUCUUGAUGGAGCAAGAAUGAUUUAUUAGUUGUAAAAUAUUAAUAUUUAAAUUAAAGUUGCCACGUUUACUCUGUUGAAUAAGAGCAUGGGUUUAGGAAGGUGACAGCUGGGGUUCAGAUUUCAUCCUGUUCACUCCUAGUCUUGGGCAAGGAUUUAUCUUGGGAUCCCAUGGCUUUCUUUACUGGGCUCUGGGGCCCCUUCACCUUUGUAAGCAGAGCACUGAUCCAUCGCUGUUUCAGCACCACUGGGAGCCUGAGUGCGAUUCAGAAGAUGACGCGGGUACGAGUGGUGGACAACAGUGCCCUGGGGAACAGCCCAUACCAUCGGGCUCCUCGCUGCAUCCACGUCUAUAACAAGAAUGGGGUGGGCAAGGUCGGCGACCAGAUACUCCUGGCCAUCAGGGGACAAAAGAAAAAGGCGCUCAUUGUGGGGCAUCGCAUGCCUGGCCCCCGAAUGACCCCCAGGUUUGACUCCAACAAUGUGGUACUCAUUGAGGACAACGGGAACCCUGUGGGGACCCGAAUUAAAACACCUAUCCCCACCAGCCUGCGCAAGCGGGAAGGCGAAUAUUCCAAGGUGCUGGCCAUUGCCCAGAACUUCGUGUGAGUUGAGCCCAGGCCUCUGGUUGCAGGAGGGUUUGUGAAUGGUGCAGUUCCAAGAACUACACUUUUGCUAAGGGAGCUUGGGAACCACAUGGCUGCUCCCUUCACACUGGGUAACAGUGUCCUGUGAGAGAAUAAAUAUAUUAAUUUA